AUGGGCUGCAUCAUGGGCGCACUGCGUCGCGCGACAGUGAUUGCUGCCGUAUUGCUGCACACAACGAGCGCCACGAUCCUGUCAUUCGAUGAAGCCAAAUUACUGAGAGUAGACGCCAUCCUGGUGCUCGGCGGCGGCGCGCCCCCCGCGCCCGACGCCCAGCUACCCUUCGUCGCCGCGCGGUGCAAGGCGGCCGCGGCGCUGUGGAAGGCGGCGGCCAAGAAACCGAAGAUUCUGACGCUGUCGGCGGGCACGGCCCACGUCCCGCAGCUGCUCGACGCGCGCGGCUCCGUGGUCUUCGAGGCGACGGCGUCGGCGGCGGUGAUCAUCAAUGAAGGCGUUAAUUCAGCGGACGUCUUCGUCGAGACGACGUCGUUCGACACGAUCGGCAACGCGUUCUACUCGCGGAACGACCACUGCUCGCUGGCGGGCUGGAGACGACUCCUCGUCAUCACAAGCGAGUUCCACCUCGCCCGCACGAAGGCGAUCUUCGACUGGGUCUACGGGGCCGCCGGCGCGGAGCCGUCGGGGGCCUACGAGCUCUCUUAUCUUGGCACGGAGGACACGGGCCUGACGCCGGCCGAAGUAUCUGCUCGCAAGGCGCGCGAAGACGCGUCGACGCGAAACGUCGUGUCGAGCCUGGAGCCGGGCUACCGAAAGCUCGCCUCGGUCCGCGAAUUUCUCACGACGCGACAUGACCUCUACUCCGCGAAAGGGUUAGUCGCCCGGGCCGCGCGGCGCGCGGGUGGCGGCGAGGGCGCCGCCGCGUGGGCCGCGUCGUACGGCGGUGGACGUCCGCAGCCGGCAUCAGCAGUCAAAACAACACCAGCCGUCUCGCCCGGCGCUGCGACACCAGCCAAGCCUGUCUGUCCACCGUGCGAGGCGGCGACGCCGGCGGCGUGCGGCUAUAGUUUCCUGACGGUACUCGUCGCAUUCGCGGUCGGCGCGUUUCUCGGGGGUCGCAAGGACCGGGGGCAUUAUAGGACAUAUUAG